UGGCCAUUGCCCUGCGCCUGCGACGCUCCUCCAGCCCCGCCACUGGGGGCUGCUUUGGGUCUGUUCUCUGCUCCAAAUCUGGACCCGAGAUUCCCCCCAACUACAGUGAGGGAACGUUGCCCUAUGCCUAUAACUUGUGUGUGCCUGGGGAUCAGACUAACCCAGAAUUUAAUUUUCUCACAUCUGUCGAUCAUUGUCCAGCCACACAAGAUAUUCUCAACAAAGAUAGCACUUCAGUGCUGUUGGCUAGCAUUUUAACUCCAAGUAUCGAAGCAGAUAAGAAGACUUUUAAACAAGUAAGUAUCUAAAAUAAUGUUUUUUAUAUUCCAAUAUGCCAAUACAUCUCAAUAUAGAGGUUAUCUCUAGAAUCUAAAAUAUCUAGAUUCAAUCUCUUGAUAAAGUUCCCAAAAAUAUAUCUAGGUCAAAUCUAUGGGUAUCGCUAAGAGUAAAGUUCACAAUGCUGCACUCCUACUAUUCAAAUGUCUUUGAACCUAAAAUACAUAGAGAAAUCUCAGGUGAAAUUUUCAUGAAAUAGAAUGCCUUCUAAUUAAGGAUAUGGAAUACAGUUAGAUUUUCAUAUCGUGGGGUUUUAAAUGACAAACCUAAUGCCAUCCAAAUUUUCUCAAACAUUUCAUCUUUAUUUUACUCAAUAAAGAAACAUUGGUAAGAAUUAUAGUCAUGCAUCCUAUCUGAUUAUUUUGUUGGGACCAUGCUAGUUCCCUAUCCACAAAUGCUGUUCCCCUCAGUCGGUAAAAAUCAAUAGGAACCAAAUCUAACCUGUAAGUUUUUAGUGCCAGUAGUAUGUGAAAGCUCUUUAAAAAAUUAAGCAAGCUCUUUUAAUAAUUACUUCCAUAAGUGCUCUUGGUGAACCUUUAACAUAGCAUCGUAUAACUCUUUAUUAUAUGCAAUUUUAAGCUUUACCAAUACGUAAAGGUGUAUUACACCAUUCUUGAAGAGGUGAGUGUAAUAAUUUCUAAAAUCAGCACAUUAGUUGGAUUUUUCUUACUCGGUGCAAUAAUAAGAUUGGACUCCAGGCGCCGCUGUUCACCAAUCAGGGAAUGGGAAGCUGCGCGCUACAGAGUCCCUCCCUCCCCCGCCUCAACAACACAAAGAGUGAGAUGGAUACUCACAGAUCCUCCUGAUGCUGGAAACUUAAAGUACUUCCCUUCGCUCUGUAAUAUAUUUUGGACGCAGUCGGCCCCGUACUUCGUAGAUACACAAGCUGAUUAAGAACAAAACGGCUCAAGAAAUCACAGAAUAUAGGCUCAGCCACUGCCAUGGCGAAUCGGCUACUGCGCCUGGACCGCCGGGGGCUGGUCCUAGUGUACAUUUUUCUGGGGACGCUGCGGGAGUCUGGGGCCAGGAAGAUCCGAUAUUCGGUGCCCGAAGAGACAGACAAAGGCUUCUUCGUGGGCAAUAUUUCCAAGGAUCUGGGGCUGGAGCCCUGGGAGCUGACGGAACGCCGAGUCCGCAUUGUCUCCAGAGGAAAGACGCAGCUUUUCGCUCUGAGUCCGCGAAGUGGCAGCUUGAUCACCGCGGGUAGGAUAGACCGAGAGGAGCUCUGUGAGACACUAUCCUCCUGCUUAUUAAAUAUGGAGAUACUUGUGGAAGAUACUCUGAGGAUUUACGGAGUGGAGGUGGAAAUAAUGGAUAUUAAUGAUAACGCACCCAGCUUCCGGGAGGAGGAAGUAGAGAUAAAAGUCAGUGAGCACGCAACUCCAGGAUCACGAUUUCCCCUUCCUAACGCUAGGGAUCCGGAUGUGGGAAUAAACUCCCUCCAGCGCUACCAGCUCAACUCUAAUAGUUACUUUUCCUUGCAAGUGCGAGGCGGAACGGAUGGGGCCAAGAAUCCCGAGCUAGUGCUGGAGGGGAGCCUGGACCGGGAGAAACAGGCUGCUCAUCACCUCCUCCUCACAGCCUUAGAUGGAGGCGAUCCCAUUCGCCAGGGCGCUGUUCCCAUUCGUGUGGUGGUCCUCGAUGUAAAUGACCAUAUCCCAAAGUUUACACAGUCUGUUUAUCGAGUGAGUGUUCCCGAGAACCUCAGCUCUGGAACUCGGGUGCUCAUGGUAAACGCAACUGAUCCAGAUGAAGGAAUCAAUGGGGAAGUGGUGUAUUCAUUCCGGAAUAUGGAAAGCAAAGCUUCUGAAAUUUUCCAGUUGGAUCCUCGAACUGGAGAAGUCUUAAUACGGGGGUCUCUGGAUUUUGAGAAAUAUAGGUUCUAUGAGAUGGAAAUUCAAGGCCAAGAUGGUGGAGGUCUCUCCACCAGUGCUAAGAUGUUGAUCACAAUUGUGGACGUUAACGAUAAUGCUCCAGAAAUAACUAUCACAUCUUCUACUAAUUCAGUGCUGGAGAAUUCUCCUCCAGGUACAGUAAUUUCUCUUCUAAAUGUGCAAGAUCAAGACUCCGGAGAAAAUGGUCAAGUCUCCUGUUUCAUUCCUAACAAUCUGCCUUUUAAAUUAGAAAAGACCUAUGAAAAUUAUUACAAGUUGAUAACAAACAGCGAGCUGGACAGGGAGCAGGUCCAGAGCUACAAUAUAACAUUGACAGCCACAGAUCAUGGAAGUCCGCCCUUGUCUACAGAAACUCACAUUUCACUGAAUGUAGCGGAUGACAAUGAUAACCCGCCCACUUUUGCUUACUCCUCUUACUCUGCCUACAUUCCUGAAAACAACCCCAGAGGAGCCUCCUUCUUCUCAGUGACUGCUGUGGACCGGGACAGUAGAGAGAACGCCCAGAUCACUUACUCUCUGGUUGAGGAUACCCUCCAGGGAGCACCUCUAUCUUCCUAUGUCUCCAUCAACUCUGACACCGGAGUCCUGUAUGCACUGAGCUCCUUUGACUAUGAACAGUUCCGUGACCUGAAGCUGUGGGUGACAGCACUGGACAGCGGGAACCCACCACUCAGUAGCAACGUGUCACUGAGCAUAUUUGUGCUAGACCAGAAUGACAAUGCACCAGAGAUCCUGUACCCCACCCUCCCCACCGAUGGCUCCACAGGCGUGGAGCUGGCACCCCGUUCUGCAGAGCCCGGCUACCUGGUGACCAAAGUGGUGGCAGUGGACCAAGAUUCUGGCCAGAAUGCCUGGCUGUCCUACCUCCUGCUCAAGGCCAGUGAGCCAGGGCUCUUCACGGUGGGGCUGCACACGGGCGAGGUGCGCACGGCGAGGGCCCUUCUGGACAGAGAUGCACUCAAGCAGAGCUUGGUGGUGGCCGUCCAGGACCACGGCCAGCCUCCACUCUCAGCCACUGUCACACUUACUGUAGCUGUGGCUGACAGCAUCCCAGACAUCCUGGCUGACCUGGACAGCCUCGAGUCUCCCGCCAAUCCUGAUGAAUCUAGCCUCACACUCUACCUGGUGGUGGCAGUAGCCGCUGUCUCCUGCGUCUUCCUCGCCUUUGUCAUUGUGCUGCUGGCGCUCAGACUGCAGCGCUGGCACACGUCACGCCUGCUCCAGGCUUCAGGAGGCGGGUUGGUGGGCGUGCCCGCCUCGCACUUCGUGGGUGUGGAUGGGGUGCGCGCUUUCCUGCAGACCUAUUCCCACGAGGUCUCCCUCACUGCGGACUCGCGGAAGAGUCACCUGAUCUUCCCCCAGCCCAACUACGCGGACACGCUCAUCAGCCAGGAGAGCUGUGAGAAAAGCGAGCCACUCUUAAUUGCUGAAGAUUCAGCUGCUGGUUUUGGCAAAUGUGACCCUACGAGUAAUCAGGUGAGAUUUAUUUCCUUUCCCAAUUGCUGGUGUCUCUGCACAAGUCUUAAGUGGCUUUUUUCCCCUAAGCCUAUUAUAAAAACUGUUUCCGGGGGAGGGACAUGUUCAGUUCAUACAGAGCAAUACAUGUGA